CUUGUAGUUAGUAAAUAAGCACGAAAAGGCGAGAGGAGCUGUCUCCAUCUUGUUGGCAUCUGCUACUCCUGCGACGCCGUGGAAAUGGGGAGCGUCUUGGGGCUGUGCUCCAUGGCGAGCUGGAUACCAUGUUUGUGUGGCAGUGCCCCAUGUUUGCUGUGCCGAUGCUGUCCUAGUGGAAACAACUCCACUGUAACUAGGUUGAUCUAUGCCCUUUUUUUGCUUGUUGGAGUGUGUGUAGCUUGUGUAAUGUUGAUACCUGGAAUGGAAGAACAACUAAAUAAGAUUCCUGGAUUUUGUGAGAAUGAGAAAGGAGUGGUCCCUUGUAAUAUUCUGGUUGGCUAUAAAGCUGUAUACCGUUUGUGCUUUGGCUUGGCUAUGUUCUACCUACUCCUAUCUCUAUUAAUGAUCAAAGUGAAGAGCAGCAGUGAUCCUAGAGCUGCAGUACACAAUGGAUUCUGGUUCUUUAAAUUUGCUGCAGCAGUUGCAAUUAUUAUUGGGGCCUUCUUCAUUCCAGAAGGAACUUUUACAACUGUGUGGUUUUACGUAGGCAUGGCAGGUGCCUUUUGCUUCAUUCUCAUACAGCUAGUCUUACUCAUUGAUUUUGCCCAUUCAUGGAAUGAAUCAUGGGUUGAAAAAAUGGAAGAAGGGAACUCAAGAUGUUGGUACGCAGCUUUGUUAUCAGCUACAGCUCUGAAUUAUCUGCUGUCUUUAGUUGCUAUCGUCCUGUUUUUUGUUUACUAUACUCAUCCAGCCAGUUGUGCAGAAAAUAAAGCGUUCAUCAGUGUCAACAUGCUCCUCUGCCUUGGUGCUUCUAUAAUGUCUAUACUGCCAAAAAUCCAAGAAUCACAACCAAGAUCUGGUUUGUUACAGUCUUCGGUAAUUACAGUCUACACAAUGUAUUUGACAUGGUCUGCUAUGACUAAUGAACCAGAAACAGAGUGCAACCCAAGUCUACUGAGCAUAAUUGGAUAUAAUACAACAAGCACUGUCCCAAAGGAGGGACAGUCUGUACAGUGGUGGCAUGCUCAAGGAAUUAUUGGACUAAUCCUCUUUUUACUGUGUGUGUUUUAUUCAAGCAUCCGUACUUCAAACAAUAGUCAGGUUAAUAAACUGACUCUAACAAGUGAUGAAUCAACAUUAAUAGAAGAUGGUGGAGCCAGAAGUGACGGAUCACUGGAGGAUAGAGAUGAUGUUCACCGAGCUGUAGAUAAUGAAAAGGAUGGUGUCACUUACAGUUACUCCUUCUUUCACUUUAUGCUUUUCCUGGCUUCGCUUUAUAUCAUGAUGACCCUUACCAACUGGUACAGGUAUGAGCCUUCUCGUGAGAUGAAAAGUCAAUGGACAGCUGUCUGGGUGAAAAUCUCUUCUAGUUGGAUUGGCAUUGUGCUGUAUGUUUGGACACUGGUGGCACCACUUGUUCUUACAAAUCGUGAUUUUGACUGAAUGGGACUUCUGGCAUGAAAGUCUCACUUUGAUCAUCACUUAUUUGAAAUUAACAGUAUUCCCAACUUUUGUAAAGUUGCGUAUAUGUGUGCCUCCCCUGUAACUUCUUCAGUGUUCUGGCAUGAAUUAGAUUUUACUGCUUGCCAUUUUAUUCAUUAUAGUCUUGCCAAGCACAUUGAUAGGUGUUUUAGAUUGAAGCAGUUCUGAGUAUGUUGGUGGUGGUAAGUUAGAAGUGGUUUAUCCUUUGCUCAGUACCUGUGAAAAGAAUAAAAACAAAACUGCUUGACAGUUUGAUUUUUAAAUUGUGUUAGAACUUAUGCUGUUUUAGAAAAAUACGAAAUUUAUGGCUGCCUUCUGAAAUAUUUGAUGCCUUGCCCUACAGGAUACUGCAAAGAACAUGGCUAUCCUAAAAUUGUAUAAACAAGUCAGUUACAUGCCAGUUUUCUAAAAAAUCUUUUCAGAUUUUUCCCUUGAUAGGAAGAGAAGGAACUUACACAGGUGUGGAGUGUUUGAUUGACAACAGUGUAGCUUAUGG